AUGGGAAAGGGACCCUUGGAGCGACAGCUCCAUUUUGAUAAGAAGAAUCAAGAUCUUGUCAAGCUCCCAAAAUAUGCAAAGGUUGAGAAGCGACCCAUUCCUCAUGCGCCAGUUGCCUCUCCAUACGCCGGUGCCUCAGUGCCCAAGAUUGUCUACGUAUCCAGCGGCACGCCGUUCAUGAGUGCCGUGAAGCGCGUCCAGAAAUUACUCCGCCAGGCCGAGAAGCGCGCCACGGCCAAUAUCAGCCUCGAAGACGGCCGAAAGACGGAACAGCAGAAGCUUGCGGAGCUCGCCAAAGUUGCUGAAAAGCAGGAAGAGGUGUUUGUGAAAGCUACCGGACGUGCUAUCGAGAAGGCACUGAACGUGGGAAAGUGGUUCGAGGAGAAAGAGGCCGAGUACACCGUCCGCGUGAAGACCGGGAGUGUACUUGUUGUCGAUGAUGUGGUCGAGGAUGAAGAGAAGAAAGAGCGGGAGCUGCAGAAACAACAACGCCAGGGGGAAGCGCAACAAGACGGGCAGCGAGAUGACCAAAAGAGCUCCGAGGAGAUGACCGGUCUGCAACAUACUACCUCAAAAAGCGUCGCGAAGAAGAAAAAGAAGCGUCCGGCUUCUGCCAUAUCUGAAGACACCGAGCUUCCCGAGACCCGAACACGAUGGGUCAAGAUGGUUGAGGUGGCUGUUAGCCUCAAGUGA